AUGCUGCGUCGGGCCCUUCUGCUCUUAUCCGCGCUGCGUGCUCGUCGGGCCUUCGACACUUCCCUUGUUCCUUCCGGUCCUUUCCAGUGCGAUCCUCGAGGGGCCUGUGGGAGUCCUCGCGUGUUACAACUCAGCCGUGUAACAGUGAAAUGGACCCCCCCCCUCCCCCCUUCUGAGGAACCCUCAACGGACUGGGAGGACCCCUCGGAGGGGAUCGAGGGGGUCUGGAAAGAGGAGGCCCAACACGACUUCGCCAUGGCCGCGAACAGCACGGAGGUGAAACAGGCGCAUUUCGGUCCGACCUGGUCUCGUUUCGCCACGGUUGGGCGACUCGCCUUAACGAAGAUGAAGGAAAAUGACAAGGCCGGGAAAGAUAGGACGGGGUCAAGUAAACCAACUUAUUCCCAAACAGGUGAGGAAAUGCACGCGCAGGAGUUGCGCACAAGGCGUAAAAUCAUGGAAAACAAUUAUGGAACUUAUGAAGAAUACCUAGCGGCGACGUUGGGCGGCGAGGAUGCCAAAGGGGAGGAUUCAGAAAGAGUGCCCGUGCGCGCGAGGGAGGCAUCUCGAAAGGAUGACAAUGCGAAGGUCGAACUGUACACUGCGGCCGCGAUGGAACGAGCCUUUUCCGUCGUGGACGGCGCGGACGGUCUGGAUCGUAUGGUCCAACGAAAUCUUGCACGCGAGGAGUUGGUGAACAUCGAGGCCGUUGAGGACGCCGAGGCGGUACCACUGCCGAAGUUUAUGCUCAUCGACACCGAUGACCCCAAGGCUCUGGAGGCCGCUAAGGUAAAUUCCUUCCGCCCUGCCGUUCACAAAGGAUACGCUGGAAGGAGAGGGAUCGCUCAAAGUGAAAAGAAGCAUGAUAUCCCUGCUUCCUUUCAAGCUGCGGUGAUAGCGACGCUGCCUGGGGCCCACUCCGACCCUCGUAUUCCGACAGACGAUCCAGUCGAAUGGGGCACCGACGCGGUCCUCCUCUUUAUUGAAUUGUUUGAACAUCAUCCAGACGACGACGCGACGACAACGCGCGUUGCAAUUGACACGGACAUGAUUAACACCUUUUGGAUGGCUAAGGUGGACGGCAAGAUGCUCUUAAAUGACAUCACGCCGCCUCGGUUAUUUCGCGUUAUGCGUCGUUGGCAUCUGCAGCAGUUUAAUAUCAUUCAUGAAGCCUUCCGAAGCCAUAACGCUCAUAUAACUGAAGCGGGUGAUGCGGAUAGAAGCACGCAUCAACCACAUCCCAACCACACCAACCGCGUUGAAUUAAAUGAAAGAACAAGGGAGGUUAUCGCGCGUUUCUCUCACAAGCUGGAGGAGGCAGUGGAGCCGCUGGAUUCUGAAAUGAUACAAGAGACCAUAUUGAUGUGUUUUCCAUAUGCCCGUUAG